GAAUUGCAGAUGCAGCCGAGUGUUAAAAGGAGAAGAAGAGUCGUGGAGGAUCCUCGGUGUUGGAAGUGGUGAUCCAGCUUACGCUCCACUUUAUUACCAUCUCAACGCAAAGUCAGGAAAGAGGGCUCCUGCGGCCGCGGGAUCAGACGGCAUCCACAUUUCCUCACCUGAAAGUGUUCCCCACCUUCCCCACCAAGGUCUCCGCCGGAGGACUGAAGGAAAAACCACUUGACAGACUUGAAGAGGUUUGCCCGAGGCGAAACACAGCUCACAUAUAAAGCUGGGUGAAGGACACUGCCACAUUGAGAAGUGGAAACAACCAUGGAGGUCUAUACUACUUCGAGGAAACUUACUUUGCUCUCAUUCACCUUUCUGUGGGGGUUCUCAGGCAUUUUAGCCCAGAUCCAGAUGCCCCAGACCAGUAUGGAUGUGAUCAAGGGUCAGAUGGUGGUGCUGAAGGCCUCGUACAGCACACAGCCAGGCACUGACCUGAGCACCAACACUAUUCUGUGGAACUAUGUCUCUAACAGCACCCAGCUGAUCAUCGCCUACACCAAAGGUGCCAUGAGUGUGGGGAGUUUCCAUUUUAAGGGCCGGUCUGGUUUCAACGACAUCAUGCCUUCACGGGACGUGUCACUGUACAUCAACAACACACGGGAGUCUGACUCAGGACGCUACCUCUGCCAGGUCAUCAUUCCUGAUGGCCCCGGCCUCACUGCCGAGCUCAGUCUGGUUGUAAAGGUCCCUCCUUCUGUUCCUAAGUGCUCUCUAUCAGGAAAGCCGGUGCUGAAAGGAAAUGUGACUCUGAGCUGCAAGUCCAGCUCUGGGAAACCCCUUCCCAUGUACAAGUGGAGGAAAACCAGUCCCACGUCUGAGGUCUUCUUUUCACCCAUGCUCAAUGAGAAGACUGGCACUCUGAAGCUGAGCAACCUGAGCAGCAACAUGUCGGGGAAGUACGUGUGCACAGCCAGCAACUCGGCCGGCUCAGAGAGCUGCCUCAUCAACCUGGAGGUCGUCACCUCCACCAAUGCUGGUGUGAUUGCUGGAGCGACAGUGGGCUCAGUGAUCGGCUUCAUCUUCCUCCUCCUCAUCUGCCUCUUUUUCGUGGUGAAGAGGCGACGGGACAGCGAGGACGACAUCGCCAACGAAAUCAAGGAGGACGCUCAGGCACCCAAGCGUGUGUCCUGGGCUAAGAGUGGCAUGGGUUCUGACAUCAUCUCCAAGAACGGCACCCUGUCAUCUAUCGCCUCCAGCCCACACCACAAAGAGCCCUCCCACAACAACAACCACCACCACCACCUGCAGCAGUACCCCCAACGCCCGCCCUCAGACACCGCCUCCAUCAUCACUGCCACCGGCAGCAUGUCUGGCUACCGGCCUUCCCGCCAUCACGGAGCCUCCACCCCCACCCACUACAGCUACAACAACAAUACCACCCUGCCACGCGGACAGACCGUCUCCUCCGAGGCCAGCACCAAUGGGAGCUCCCUACCCAGACCAGAGCGCUACACCCAGCUGCCCCAGGCCCAGCCGCUGCCACAGACCUACAGCCAGCCUCAGCUACAGCUCCAGGCCACUCCCUCCCCGCCACUGCUGCCCAUCUCCGGCGUAACCACCUCCAACAUCACCCGUAUGGGAGGGGUGCCCAUCAUGGUGCCUGCACAGAACCAGGCUGGAUCUCUGGUGUAAUGCCAGCCAGUGUUUGCAAAACAGUGCUGUUGACAAAAACAGUGAAUACUGUCCCUUUACUCUCUGAAAGGGUCAGCUGCUGAUUUUUUUUUAAGGGAACACAUUAACUUCUAUUUAGCAAAGAAAUACAGUAGAUGAAAAUGUCAAAUUCACUUAUGCUUUUGAAUCAAGAAGCUUUCAUGGCAAGACUUUCAGACACAGACUGUUUACUUGCUUUAAGUAUAUUUAAAUCUUUUAUAUUCUGUAUGCACUGUAUACAUUGCAAACUGUGUAUAGACAUGAUUUUCAUACAUCUGUCCAGUAUCCUUUUUUCUACUUUAUCAAUGCAUUUCUAAUGUUUUUUUUUUUUCAAAUGUAUCUUUAAAAUGUUUCAUCCAGAAACCUUAUUGUUUUCCUCCUGCCAUACUAAUGACACAGAGUGAGCAGGUCUGCUGUACGCUGUCAUCUCUACUUCUACAACUACCUAAAGGAGGACUCAUCAAGACCAAAAUAGGAGCAAGCACAAAGGGAAGUUAGUUAAAUUGGGUGUAAUAUAUGAAGAUCUAUGUUCUAAUGGCUAUGUUUCUGGAGCAGACUUUUGGAAAGAAAGAUAAGACAACAUUAUACAUAUAAUGAAAAAGUUUGGCAUUUCAAAAAUAUCCUAAUCCUUUUUUGGCUUCAUUUCUGUCAGUGGUUCAGCUUAUAAAAUGCUCUUAGACUCAAUUCUUCAAACGCAGAUUAGCAAAAGCUUCUUAUAAUAUUGAGCACUAUUCAGAACUGCAGUGUGACGACUUUGCUAAUACGUCCACAACUCUGGGUUGUAAUAAUUUAAAAGUUGCCCGCAGCAUUGAAAUUGUAAAUAUGAUAUUUAUUUUCUGUUAAAUGUGUAUGAGACAGCAGAGCAUAUUGUUGCCCACAGCUUUUAUGGAACAUGUGAUAAAGGUGAUAUGUCUGCCUGCAACACUGGAUACUGAACCAAAGACAUACAGGAUGUAUCACUUCAUUAUGUCAACAUGCUCUCUUUAUAUGUUGUAGUUUGUUUUCAAGGGUCAGUAGGGACACAAGCGUUUUUUCACUGCCAUAACCUACAGGCUCUCUGCUUUUUAGACAAAGCUUCUCUCCCAUUUGAUUGACAACAAAAAGCUGAUAUGAGAAGACUAAUGUGAAGGGGCCUAGCUAGUUAGUGAUCUUGUACCAUUUCCUGUCAUGAGAGGAUGGGGGAGACACACUGGGGCGAGAUCUUUAUUGCAGAGCCCUAAUGCGUCCAAAUGGCUCCAGCCUGAACACAUUUACUUUGAAUGUUUCCAGAGCGUAACAUGAACAAAUCAAUUUCAUUACACAACUUGGGCAUCGGAAUCUGGCCACUUUAAAGUCACACAAAUACCCAUUAGAUAUAAUUUGUGUCUGAAAAGAAAAAAAAAUACACACACACACACACACACACACACAUAUAUAUAUAUAUAUAUAUAUAUAUAUAUAUAUAUAUAUGUAUCAUGAUAGUGAUCUACAUCCCCAUCAUAUGCUGGAUUGUCAUUACACUGGAGUAAUGUUUGUUUUUUGAUGUUAAAAGAAAAGGUUUGAGCUUGGCAGGACAGUGAUAGCAAAAUGUAGUUGUAUCUUGAAGCCGUGAUGGGUUUGUAUUGUUAUGAAUGCAGUAGAGAAGAAAGGGAAAGAAGAAAGUGUUGAGGAAAUAGUUUUGACGGGUAGGGGUUGUUACAGCUCACUGUUAACUUGUGGAUGGGUCAUUGAAAAAGUGUACAUUAUGAAUAUUAAAAUGUGUUCAAGACAAACCUUUAUUUUUAUACAGUAAAGUAUGAGAGCACAUGAGCAGAAUUUAGAAAUAAUAAAUGUUGAAAGUUUUAUGAUCUGGCUCACUGUCAGUGACUUAUGAACCUUGAUGGAUUGUAUAACUACUGUGGACUAACUGGUGGCCAAACGUGCUUAUUUAUACAGUAGGCCUAAACUGUGGACAUUAAUGUGCAGUGUGCACUUGUAUCCUCCAUAUUUAUGUUCAUGGAAAAUGCUUUGUAUAAUAUUUUCAAUUAAAUUACAAAUGAUCAGGUG